AUGACUUUUCAUCUUCAAUUUUUAGUCACUACCAAUCAUCUUAGUAAUCCACUUUUGAUUGGUUAUGCUGUUCUCGAAUUAGUAGUAGCGCCUUCUGGUUUAUUUGGAAUCUGUGGUUCUAUUUCUAAUAACAUACUCUUGAUGAAUCGUUAUGCACGCGAUCAUUGGUUCUCUUUUAUUGUCCUUACAAUUAUUGAUAUUGUAAAGAUAAUUCUUUCUUUUACGAUGAAAGAUAAUACUAUAAAUUCUUGCGUGAACGGUUCUGUUGAUCCCAAUGAUAGGUUUAACUGUCAAGAUAUAGCAAACUUUAAUAUAAGAGCGGGUCUUGUAGUGUUUGGAGCCCAAGAAAUUAUUUUAGCUGUUCUUGGUUCUCUCGUAUGGUUAUGCGUAAAACGUGUAUCACAGAAAUCAAAAGACAGAAAAAAUCGUAUACCGGAAAAGCAGGAGAUUAAAGAAAUUGAUAUGGAAGUUCAGGAGUCUCAUGUAGCAAAUGAUGUUGCUUCUACCUUUUCCGCUGAUUUAUUAGAAAAAAGGCAACAUAUGGAUCAGGAUAGUUUAAUAGCAAACCCCCCUUCUCCAUUCAUCCGUAGACCACCUCUAAAUCAGAGGCAAGAAAAUCAAAUAUCUAAUGAAAUUAAACAAGGAUAUAAUAGUUCGCAAAAUGAUUUGAGAAUGAAAGAAAAUCAAGUCAAUUCAAACAUUACUCAAAGUUCACAGGGAUUUGAUCAAAUACAUACUGCGCCAACACGUAAACCUCUUAUAAGAUCGUCGACAUUAUAUGCAAGGCCUCCAAUUGUUCAUGGGCACAACACAAUGUUACCUUCCCAACUAAUAUCUCGAGAUGCACCAGAAAUGCGCUCAGUAAAUGGUAAUGGCAUGAUGUAUCCACCUAUUCCAAAUCAAACUGAAUCUAUAUCAGGAUUUCAUCAACCAUUAGAUAAUAUGUCAUUUUUUCGUGGUUAUAAACCAUCGGAUAAUUUUCCUCAAUCUCGACCUCUUCCUUUACCACCUCUUGUUAACAAUCCAGAAAUAUAUCAGAUUUCACAAUCAGCAUAUAAAGGAAACUCUCAGUAUAAGAUCGAUCGACCUCAGUCAAAUGUGCCUCAUUUAUCACUUAAUCAUUCAAAAUCAUUACCAAGUUUGCGCAGCAGUAUAAUUGAUCUUCAAACAUCACAGCCUUCUUCUGAUUCGGUGUAUAAUAACCAACAAUUCAAUAAUAACUUUAUUACAAUGUCGAGUAAUCAACAUGAAACUAACAUUUCACAACCAAAGACUCUUAACACUCAAUUAAAAUCUCCUGAGAUGCCUAAUAUUAUACAAAAUUCUGAUAAUAAUGUGAAUAAUGACUCGUUAAAAAGAAUGAGAAGAAAAUCUGCACAAAGUAUUAAAGGAGAAGCAAAUCCAAGAUCAAAUGAUCCUUCAUUAUAUAAUCACUAUAAUGAUUUACUAAAACAUAACAAAAACGCUUAUAAUAAGCCAACAUCAAAUAAUGAUUAUAUAAAUAAUAGUUAUGUUGCUCAUUCAAGGUUAUCAAAUCAAGUAGUUCCUUAUAAUGGUGUAACGAAACCAGGUAGUAAUAGCAAAAACAACAUUAAUAAACAAAACUUUAUGAAUGGUAGUUAUACAAAUAAUAGCUAUGCUACUCGUUCAAAAUUAUCAAAUCAGGUAGUAGUUCCUCUUGGUGAAAGAAGGAAAUAA